GAACGUUGCGUUACAUUUUUAAUAUUUAUGAGCCGGAAGAGGUUCAGUUUGAGUAGAUUACCCAAGAUGCUCGGCGUGCUUGUAACAGGGGGGAAUGUGUGACAAUGGCAACAAAUACUACAGAAAAUAACCCACCUUUCGACUGUCCCUCAUGGGCAGGAAAGCCUCCAGCAGGACUGCACUUGGACGUGGUGAAAGGAGACAAACUUGUCGAGAAACUGAUCAUUGAUGAAAAGAAGUAUUAUUUGUUCGGGAGGAACCCAGACAUCUGUGACUUCACCAUCGACCAUCAGUCGUGUUCUCGCGUGCAUGCGGCCCUCGUCUACCACCGGCAUUUGAAAAGAGUGUUUCUCAUCGACCUCAACAGCACACAUGGUACGUUCCUGGGACACAUUCGCCUGGAGCCCCACAAGCCCCAGCAGGUUCCCAUCGACUCCACCAUGUCGUUUGGCGCAUCCACUCGUGUUUACACCAUUCGGGAGAAACCUCAGGGUCAGCCGGGCUCCGGCGGCGGGGACAGUAAAACCGGGGACGAGGAGGAGCUGAAGGGUCUUCUGGGACUUCCAGAGGAAGAGACUGAACUGGAGAAUCUGACCGAGUUCAACACUGCUCAUAACAAGCGCAUCUCCACCCUCACCAUAGAGGAGGGCAACCUGGAUAUUCAGAGACCCAAGAGGAAAAGGAGGAACUCCAGAGUGACCUUCAGUGAAGAGGAUGAGAUCAUUAACCCAGAGGACAUCGACCCCUCUGUUGGACGUUUCAGAAACAUGGUCUCAACAGCUGUGGUUCCUAUUAAGAAAAAGAAACUGGGCGGAGGCAAUGCGCUGGGAAUCGAGGAAACCGUGACCCGACACAUGCACAUGUUCCCUCUACAAGGUGGACUCUACAGAGACCUUCCCCCGGCCAGUCAUGAAGCUCAAUCCACAGGAGCGCCCGGCGGAGCCACAAUCCUGGGAGGACUGCCGUUACCCCUGCCCAACCCGGCCCCGGACGUAGAUCUGGCCCAGGAGGCCCCGCCGCCUCCGCUCGUGCUCAAUCCCACACCGUUACCCGGCCCCUACGUCUCCGACCCUCUCAGCGAACCCCGCAAGAAGAAGUACGCCAAAGAGGCAUGGCCUGGCAAGAAGCCCACACCGUCUCUGCUCAUUUAGCUGCGUGUUACUAAUACUCGUGAACUCUAUCUUGAAGAAUCUGGCAAACAGACUUUGAUUUUGACUGCGCUACAAGAAUCUGAUUGAUUGUAAUUUUUAAAAGAUCUUUCCUCCUUAAAUGAGCAUUGGCUCACUCUCGUGUCAUUCCAGAUGCAUAGUACUUUCUAAAUUCAUUGAAAUGCAAAAAGCAGAAUGUCUUCUUUUGCACAGUUCCGUGAAAAAAUAAAAAAGUGAAUUUUGACUUA